GUACGACAGGCAGAAUGGAUGACAGUCGGCAUCGGUGUGUGAGUAAGAAGAUUGAAAAUGAGAGAUUCAACGAUGAAGAUAACCCAACAGACACAUCAUACGAACAGAUGCAUGUUGAAGACUCAGUUGGAAAAAUAUUUGGACACUUUAAGAGCAGAUUGGAGUUGGAUGACAGCUUAGAAGAACAACCUGUGCUGAAUAGGCAAUCUCAUAUAGCAUUUUUAUUGAAGGGCUUAAAGGCUCUGUCACUGUCAUAUGAGUGUCUUGAUGCCAGUCGACCAUGGCUGUGUUACUGGAUUCUCCACAGCCUAGAGUUAUUAGAAGAACCCCUUCCAGAGGACACUGUGUCAAAUGUUGCUCAGUUUUUGGGGAAAUGUCAAUGCCAAGGUGGAGGAUUCUCAGGGGGACCAGGUCAGGAUGCACACUUAGCCCCAACAUAUGCAGCGGUGAAUGCACUGUGUAUCUUAGGUACAGAGGAGGCCUACUCAAUUAUAGACAGACAAAAGCUUUAUACAUUUCUUAUGAAGAUGCGCACACAAGAAGGGGCUUUAAAAAUGCACGAGGGAGGAGAAGUUGAUAUACGGUAAUCUAUUUAAGUUUGUAAACAAAAUCCUGUAGUUAUUAUCUCUAUGUAUCGUACUGGUUGACCUGAAAA